AUGAGUUCAAAUCCUAUAGAACAAAACCAAGAACAAGCUCAAAUAGAGUUGGCAACAAAACCUUCAAAUCAAGAGAUAACAAUGUCUCGUUCAGAAAAACUAACCUACGUUCUUAUUCACAACCCUUUAAUUCCUCUUGGGUGCGUCAUGACUGUGGGAACGUUCUUGGCUUCUGGAUAUCAUCUGAGAAGAGGUAAUGAACUCAAGGCAAACCGGUUCAUGAAAUACCGAGUCUUGUCUCAAGGAUUCACCCUUGCAGCUGUCGCGUUCGGGGUUCUCUUUAUGAAUCCUAAGCCCAAGCCUGCUCCCCCGAAACCGUAUUAA